CUAUGUAGCGUUUUCAGAACCUCACUUUGACCCAUCUGAAGUCCAUAUGGCUCUGUAUGAUGAAGAUCUCCUGAAAAAUCCUUUCUAUCUGGCUCUUCAAAAGUGGCGCCCUGACUUGUACAGCAAGGUGGCCCAAGUCCAUGGCAUUGUCUUAGUGCCUUGCAAAGGAAGCCUGUCGAGCAGUGUUCAGUCUACUUGUCAGUUUGAGUCCUACAUUUUGAUACCCGUGGAAGAGCAUUUUCAGACCUUAAAUGGAAAGGAUGUCUUUAUACAAGGAAACAGGAUUAAAUUAGGAGCUGGUUUUGCCUGUCUUCUCUCAGUGCCCAUUCUCUUUGAAGAAACUUUCUACAAUGAAAAAGAAGAAAGUUUCAGCAUCCUGUGUAUAGCUCAUCCUUUGGAAAAGAAAGAGAGUUCAGAAGAGCCUUCAGCACCCUCAGAUCCCUUUUCCCUGAAAACCAUUGAAGAUGUGAGAGAAUUUUUGGGAAGACACUCUGAGAGAUUUGACAGGAUCAUCACCCCUUUCCACCGAUCAUUCCGAGAGUGUGAAAGAAAGAGCCUCCGCCAGCACAUAGACUCGGUCAAUGCUCUCUACACCAAAUGCCUCCAGCAGCUUUUGAGGGACUCUCACCUGAAAGUGCUUGCCAAGCAGGAGGCCCAGAUGAACCUGAUGAAGCAGGCAGUAGAGAUGUACGUCCAUCAUGAAAUUUAUGAUCUGAUCUUUAAAUAUGUGGGGACCAUGGAGGCGAGUGAGGAUGCUGCCUUUAACAAAAUCACAAGAAGCCUUCAAGAUCUGCAGCAGAAAGAUAUUGGUGUGAAACCUGAAUUCAGCUUCAACAUACCUCGUGCCAAGAGAGAGCUGGCUCAGCUGAACAAAUGCACCUCCCCACAGCAGAAGCUGGUGUGUUUGCGAAAGGUGGUGCAGCUAAUUACACAGUCUCCUAGCCAGAGAGUUAACUUGGAGACUAUGUGUGCUGACGAUCUACUAUCAGUCCUGUUAUAUCUGCUUGUGAAAACAGAGAUCCCUAAUUGGAUGGCAAAUUUGAGUUAUAUCAAAAACUUCAGAUUUAGCAGCUCAGCAAAAGAUGAAUUGGGAUACUGCCUGACCUCAGUUGAGGCUGCGAUUGAAUAUAUUCGGCAAGGAAGCCUCUCCGUUAAACCACCUGUAAGAUGUCACUCCUGCCCUGCCCUUUCUUUGAGGCUGAACGAUCCCUCUGUUGUCACCCCAUUCUCCAGAGAUGACAGAGGUCAUACACCUCUUCAUGUGGCUGCUCUCUGUGGGCAGGCAUCCCUCAUCGACCUCCUGGUGUCCAAGGGUGCUGCAGUGAAUGCCACGGACUAUCACGGGUCGACGCCACUUCAUCUGGCAUGUCAGAAGGGCUAUCAGAGCGUGACGCUGCUGCUGCUGCACUACAAGGCGAGCGCCGAAGUGCAGGACAACAGUGGGCACACUCCUCUCCAUCUGGCCUGCACCUAUGGCCACGAAGACUGUGUGAAGGCCUUGGUCUACUAUGAUGUGCAGUCAUGCAGACUAGAUAUCAGUAACGAGAAAGGAGACACUCCCCUACACAUAGCUGCACGUUGGGGUUACCAAGGCAUUAUAGAGACUUUGCUACAAAAUGGAGCUUCCACAGAGAUCCAGAACAGACUGAAAGAAACACCACUCCAGUGUGCAUUAAACUCAAAGAUUCUGUCUAUAAUGGAAGCCCAUCAUCUGUCCUUGGAAAGGAGGCAGAAGUCUUCUGAGGUCCCCAUGCAGUCCCCUCAGCACUCUGUGGAUUCCAUCAGCCAGGGGUCCUCCACCUCCAGCUUCUCCUCCAUGUCGGCGAGCUCAAGACGGGAGGAGACCAAAAAGGACUACAGAGAGGUAGAAAAACUUUUAAGAGCGGUUGCUGAUGGAGAUCUAGAAAUGGUGCGUUACCUUUUGGAGUGGACAGAGGAGGACCUGGAUGAAGGGGAGGGUGCUGUCAGUGCUGCAGAUCUUGAAUUUUGUCACCCCUUGUGCCAGUGCCCCAAAUGUGCGCCAGCUCAAAAGAAGCUGGCUAAGAUUCCUGCCAGUGGGCUUGGUGUGAAUGUGACCGGCCGGGAUGGCUCCUCCCCACUGCACAUUGCUGCCCUGCAUGGUCGGGCGGAACUUGUCCCCCUCCUGUUGAAGCAUGGUGCCAGUCCCAGUGCCAGAAAUGCAAACCACGCUGUCCCACUCCAUCUGGCCUGCCAGAAGGGCCACUUUCAGGUGGUGAAGUAUCUAUUAGAUUCUAACACAAAACCCAAUAAAAAGGAUAUAAGUGGAAACACACCCCUCAUUUACGCCUGUUCCAAUGGCCAUCAUGAGGUCGCAGCUCUGUUGCUGCAGCAUGGGGCCUCCAUUAAUGCUUCUAACAAUAAGGGAAACACAGCACUGCAUGAAGCUGUGAUGGAAAAGCACGUCUUCGUGGUAGAGCUGCUUCUGCUUCAUGGAGCAUCCGUUCACAUCCUGAACAAGAGGCAGUACACAGCUAUAGACUGUGCUGAACAGAAUUCAAAAAUAAUGGAAUUACUUCAGGUAGUACCAAGCUGUGUUGCCUCCUUAGAUGAUGUUGCCGGAACAGACCACAAGGAGUACGUUACUGUUAAGAUCAGGAAAAAAUGGAAUUCAAAAAUGUAUGAUCUACCAGAUGAACCUUUUAAAAGACAGUUUUACUUUGUCCACUCAGUUGGUCAAUUGAAGGGAAAGACUUCAGGGGAGAUUAUGGCAAGAGAUAGAAGUGUCCCUAAUUUUACUGAAGGUUCUUUGCAUGAGCCAGAGAGGCAAAGAGCCACACUGAAACAUAAUAACCUGCCAGACCGAAAGGGAUCUCAGAGUGACAAAGGAAAUAAUGACUGGCCCGAGGGGCCUGGACUGAAACAUACUGCUCCUGGAAACAGGCGAAUGCUUCAGACAGUCAACAAUGCAGUAGUAUCCAAGGGCCCACAGACUGCUGGCAACUUAACCACUCCCCAAGAGGCUAGUACUUCCUAGUCUUAACAGUAAUAAGGAAUUCUAAAAUUUGCUGAAAAGAAGUGGGUAUGCAACAAGAAGAUGCUGAGCAUGAGUACGGUUUAGAACUAAAUGUACUUGCAAGUAACUGGCUUCAGAGAGUAAAUCUUCAGCAGAAAGUUCCUGAAAGCUUUUCUGUGGUUGAGGGAAAGAAUGCAACAAAAAAACUUAUCACCGUCUCUCUCCUCUUCAAAGCUAAUGAGUACUCUUGAAAAGGAACGGACAAAGAUUCCAAUAGUGUCCAGAUCCUUAAGUCCAGGGUGUUUCUUUUUAAGCAUUAGGGUUCACUGGAUACAGGGAGAGGUUUCACCACCAGAUUCUGACCUCCUUCUACUGAAAGGUGCUAAAUCUCUGUGAUGUGUAUAAAUUAGCAAACCACAAGCUAAAAGAAUUCCCCCAUCUGGGAUAAGCUGAAGAGAAGUAAUUUAAGUUUCAUGGUACCGUGGAGGCCAGGCAGAAAUGUCACAUCUGAAUGAAGAAAGAAUCUGGAAAAUGUUCUUUUGCAAAGCAAACUUGAACCAAAAGAUACCUAAAUGCCAUUUUGAUGUUCAUUUUAGUGAAAAGACAUAUUAGACUUGUACUACACCAUACAUAUAGCAAAAGUUGGGUAUAAUUUUCCUCCCAACAAAGUACAGAUAUUUGGUCACUGCUUAUGCACUUGCAGCAGUGUCCCUGGAAACAUCCCUUUCUGUUAAGAACCUCCCUUAAAUGUCACACCUAAUGGAUGGUUUCUGGACUAGAGAGUAGAUUUGGCACAUCUUUUCUUAGUCUUUUGAUUCAAAUUCAAAACUUACAGUACAAACCAGGUCAAAGUUACUUUAAGUUAGAGUUUGCCAUUUAUUCCUUUUUAUAAAUUUCUAUACAUUAUGCUGUUAUUUUUUUAUGUUAUUGGUCUAGACCCGCAAACAUGGUUUUGUCCUGAGUAUGUUUUCAAAUAACUUUGUAAUAGGGAAAUGGUUUUGUGCAUGUUCUUGGAAAUACUUGUGUAUGUAUAGAAGGGAGGGGUUGAUUAUUUUUCUACAAAGUAAUUUAUGAUUUCUAAUUUUCUAAUGUGCCUUGGAUAUGUGCCAAAUGAUGGAAAAGAAACAGUAAACUUUAUGAUUCUUGA